AGGCAGAGGUGGAGAGAGAGAACGACAGGCAGAGAGGCAGAGAGAGAGAGAUCUUGUGAGUGGAGGCAGACAGAGCAGGGAUGGAGACCAGGACCAGUCCAGCAGAGAGACAGAGACCACCAGCACUGCCUGUCAAACAGCGCCGGAGCAUGUACUCCAGCUCCAGUGCAGACCUGGAGGGAGGACUGUGGAGUCCCAGGGUGUCCCAGCUCCACAGCCCCAACGCAGACGUGUUCUCUGAGCCCACAGACUGUCAGGCUGCCCUCUGCCCCAUCCAUCAGAGAUACGACCCGUCUCUGUGUCACCAGGAACGCUUCUUCUCCGACAGCUGUCCUCCCCCCGUCCCUAAGAAGAGCCUGGUCAGGACCCUGUCCCUACCAGGGGGCUACCUGUGUCCCCUGUCCCCAUGUCCCAUGUCCCCCGGCCUGUCCCCCAUUUGGCCCCAGCCUCUGUCCCCAGGCUGGUCCCCCCUGCCCCCAGCCCCCCACAGCCCACGAAGCUAUGACAACCCCCUAUACAUGAUCACCUCUGCCCCGGCCCCCCAGCAGAGGCCCGUCCAGCCGCCCCCACCCACCCUCCUGCCCCUCUCCCAGCUCAGCUUCGACACCCCCGACCGCCUCCUGCCUCACUUCUUCUGCAGCUUGGCCAGUCACGCGAGCGUUUCCCGGGGCCUGCAACAGCGCCACCUGCUGUUCCUCAGGAGCGUGGCCGAGAGGCUGGAGGCUGGGCAGCUCCUGGGGGGAGGGGACGGGGGGCCUGGAGGGGCUCUCCAGCCCCAGGACCUCCUCCUGUGGGACUGCCGGCCCCGGCAGAUAGGGGGCGCUCUCUACUACCGCCUGCACAGCGCCGUGUUCCCAGGCAAGGUGCUGGCUGCUAAGGUGAGCCGUGGCGCCGAUUCCUCCCCUCACCCCCCCCCUUGUCCGCCUCACAUCAACAUCCAGCAGGUCCUCGCUCACUUCCCUCCCCAGUCCGACCUCUGCCCCUCACCCCCCCAGGAGCCCUCCCCUGCCUCGCAGCCUGGCCGCAGCACACCGCUGCCACCACACGAGGGCGCCGUCGAGUCGGCCGGGUGCCUGAAGCGCAGCAGGGAGACCAGAGAGCCGAGCGUAGCCUCCCUGCUCCAGACAGGGUGCAGGGUGACCCUGGAGAGGGACCUGCCCCGUGCCACGCUAGAGGACUUUGCGGAGGAGGGCAGGGGCCUGGGUGGGGCUGAGGGCCGGGGGUAUGAGAGGCAGCUGGGGGUUCUUCUGCUGCAGCUAGCCAGGGGGCUCCAGGUGCUUGACGGCCACGGGGCAUGCACCUGCGUGGAGCUGCACCCACGAGACGCCCAGUUUGGGGCCAUCAUCCAGCACUGCCUUCACCUCCAGGAGGCUGCCUCCCCCUGCUCAGGGAGUCCCAGCCUCCCCCAGACAGGCUCUCCGUACCGCCCAGGGCUGCAGCAGCUGAGCGGCUGGCUCAGGGAGGAGGGGAGCGGGCUGCAGAUAGGAGACACAGUGGGCAUACUGCAGGUCCUGCUCUGGGGCCCUCGGGCUAGGCUCUUCAGUCUCCAUCCUGCUGGAGGAGGAGGGGCUGAGGGGGUUGGGGCUCGAGGCGUGGAUGAGGCCGGGGCUGGAGGUGGGGCUGUGGAUGAGGCUGGGGCCGGGGCUGAAACCUCCAUCGUAUGUAACUGGCUCUCAGUGAAGCGAGCUCUGCUGGUCCUGAAGCUGGCAGAGAAAGGUUUCCAUGGGGACCAGUCUGGCCUGGACUGGGAGGACUUCCUGUGUCUCCACUACCUCUCUCAGACUGACCCUGAAUCCGUAUUGAGGGCCACAGCUCGACUGGGGCUCCACAACAUCCCCAACUAG